UUGGAAGACGCCAAGAUGCUGGAAGACAUGGAGAUGCUGGAAGACGUUGCAAUGCUGGAAGACGAGCAGAUGCUGGAAGACGAGCAGAUGCUGGAAGACGAGCAGAUGCUGGAAGCCCUGGAGAUGCUGGAAGACCUGGAGGUGUAGGAAGGGAUUUUUCUGGAAGACGUAGAUUUUCUGGAAGACGCGGGUAGGCUGGAAGAGAAUGUCCUGGAAGUCGUGGAUUUUAUGGAAGACAUGGAUUUUCAGGAAGACGUGGAUAGGCUGGAAGACCUGGAGGUCAUUGGAAGACAUGGAUUUCCUGGAAGACAUGGUUUUUCUGGAAGACAGAGAUUUUCAGGAAGACCCGAAUUGUCCGGAAGACCUGGAUUGCUUGGAAGACAUAGAUUUGUUGGAAGACCUGGACAUUACUGGAAGACAUGGAUUUUCUGGAAACUGUGGAUCUCCAGGAAGCCAUAUACUUGCUGGAAGACCUUGAUUUAGUGGAAGACAUGAAUUUUCUGGAAGACGUGGCUUUACCGGAAGACCUGAAUUUAGUGGAAGACACAGAUUUUUUCUGGAAGAUGUGGAUUGACCGGAAGAUCUGGAUUUGGAGGAAGACGUAGAUUUUUCUGGAAGACAUGGACUGAAUGGAAGACCUGGAUUUCUUUCUGGAAGACAUUGAUUGCAUGGAAGACCUGGAUUUUUCUGGAAGAUAUAUAUUGGCUGGAAGACCUGGAUUUGAUGGAAGACACAGAUUUUCCUGGAAGAUGUGGAAGACCUUGAAAUUGUUGGAAGACUUGGAUUUAG